AUGAUAUUGUUGGCAGGCGAUUUCAGGCAGACGUUGCCAGUAGUUCCCCGUGGAACGCCUGCAGAUGAAUUGAAUGCUUGCCUAAAGGCAUCACCUUUAUGGAAUAACGUAAAAACAUUAUCGCUAACCACUAAUAUGAGAGUUCAACUUCAAAAUGAUCAAAAUGCUGCACAAUUUUCCAAACAAUUGUUAGAUCUUGGAAAUGGAAAAGUCCCAGUUGAUGCGACAUCUGGAUUAAUUACUCUUACCAACGACUUUUGCCGAUUUGUAGACACUCAAUUAGUUCUUAUUGAAAAUGUUUUCCCAAACAUUAGUGAGAAUUAUAAGAAUUAUGCUUGGUUAAGUCAACGAGCAAUUCUUGCAGCAAAGAAUAAUGAUGUCCACGCACUGAAUUUCACCAUUCAAUCAAAAAUUGCUGGCGAUUUGGUGACAUACAAAUCCGUUGAUUCAAUAACAAAUCCCGAUGAUGUAGUAAAUUAUCCAACGGAGUUUUUGAACUCUCUGGAGAUACCAGGAUUUCCACCACAUAACUUGCAACUGAAAGUUGGUACAGUUAUUUUGAUACUGCGUAAUUUGAAUCCACCGCGACUUUGCAACGGUACUCGACUUUCGGUAAAGAGACUUAUGCCGAAUUUAAUUGAGGCAACCAUUAUUAACGGAAAGUACGCAGGUGAAAAUGUAUGUAUUCCUCGAAUACCAAUGAUUCCGACUGAUCUUCCGUUUGACUUCAAACGAUUGCAAUUCCCAGUUCGCCUUGCGUUCGCAAUGACAAUUAAUAAGUCGCAAGGCCAAUCGCUUAGUGUUUGCGUGAUAAAUUUGGAAAAUCAUUGUUUUUCACAUGGACAGUUAUACGUUGCGUGUUCACGAGUUGGGAAACCAUCCGCUUUGUUUGUGUUAACGUCAGACCAAAAAACAAAAAAUGUGGUUUACCAAAGAGCACUACAAUGA